CCAGCUGGGUAAUUCUUCGUUUUAGUUAAAGCGUCCAAAAAAGUUAGAGAUUGAAUACGGUCUUGGCUGUUUACAAUAGUUCCAAGUCAAGUUGAAUCUUACAAAAUAUGGAGCUAUUGAAGAGUAUCAAUAAUAAAGAAAUUUUUAUGGAGGUUCUCCAUUUGUCUAUUGAGUUUUUGAUUGGCAACAUCAACGACCAACAGGCACUACGUUUUUCACACAAGUUCGGGUUUCAAAAUCCCGACGAUUUUCUACUCGCUACGCGCACAAUAUCAAAGUACUACAAACAUUGUUGUUCAGAUGGUGGGGAUGCAGAUAUUUCUGAAAAAUUGCCCUAUUUGAGUCCAGAGCUAAGACCCCUUGUGCCCUUGGUGCUCGCGGCAAGACUUGAUGCAGUCGAAUUAGCUCUUGGAAGAUCUGAAUACCUAAGAAAUCACGUAAAGUUUGUGAUGUCAUUUUCCUGGGACACGCGCCUCAUAUUGGGCGACAGUAGUUUUAGAUGCAAUAUUCGGCAAGUGGCGACAAUAAAUUUGCAUUGCCAAUCAAAUUCGAAUCGCGAAGUUAUCUUCUUUGAAAUGGAUUUAGAAAAACUUUGCGCUAUGAUUGAAGUAUUAGAAAAGUCUCUUAAAAGGGACUAAGUUGUUAUAAUGUAAUUUUAAAUAUUCUUAAAACUAUAAUUAUGAAAUUGUAAAUAUGUAUAUGUCCGAAAUACUGUAAUAUAUUUAUGUAU